AUGGCCCAAACAAGAUAUAUCGACCGUCCCAUUCCGCAAAUCUCCCUGCACGACUUCGACAAUCGCAUCGACCAAAUCACUCAAGAGCUAGUCGAUGCAGCCGAGAAUGUGGGAUUCUUUACCCUAAUCGACCACGGCCUUUCCAACCAAGAUAUCGAAUCGAUGUUCGCAACAUCCAAAAGCUUUUUCGAGCUCCCAGACGAGACAAAAAAGACUGUACCCUGGAACGUCAACAAUGUGGGAUGGGAAAAGAACUCACAAAUCCGACCAUCGACCGGAAAACCCGACAGCAAAGAAUCCUACCAGUUGCAAUACGGCGACAACAUGGCGGGCCUAUGGGUCGCAGACGAGCAUCUGGCAGGCUUCCGCACUACCUCCCUACACUUCAUGCACCGCGUGCAAGGGAUCUCCGAAAAACUAAUGACAUGUUUCGCGCGCGGCCUGGGUUUUCCCGACGACUUUUUCAUUAAAUGCCACGACGUCGUACGGCCAGAUUCUCAGACCACCAUGCGACUACUUCAUUACUUUGCGCUGCCGGAGGAAGCGGACGGCAAAGUCUAUCAUCGCGCUGGGGCACAUGCUGACUGGGACUUUUUGACUUUGCUCUUCCAGAAGGAGGGGCAGAGUGGGCUGGAGAUUUGUCCGGGGCGCGAGUCGGUCACGCAGUUUGGGAUUGGGGACGAGUGGACUAAGGUGGAGGCGAAGACGGGGGAGAUUGUGUGCAAUAUUGGGGACUUACUCAUGUCUUGGUCGGAUGAUCGGUUCAAAUCCACUUUUCAUCGCGUCAAGGCGCCGUGUGAGCCGGGCGAUUAUUUUGGGGAUAGGUACAGCAUUGCAUACUUUAACCAGCCUUGCAAGGAUGCGUUGAUCCAGGGGCCUGUGAAGAAGUAUCCAAUGGUGACCGGGGCUCAGUUUACCGAGAGCGCGAUGAAGAGGAAUUUUGCGGCAUUGCAGGAGAAGUUGCAGGCGGUCGCUGCGGUGUAA